ACUAAUAUGCUAUAUUUGCCAAUGCAAUCUUAUAUUAAAACCCUUUCAACUUCCAUUUUUUCUCACACAUUUUCAUUCAAUCCGAGGCUUUCACGAGCCUCGUGAAAGUGUGUCUGUGUUCCUCAUUCUCAAUUAUGACACAUUUGAUCAAUUUAAUCAAUGUUGUUGUAAUUCUCUUUAUCCUGUUCCUUGCCGCGGAAGCCAAACCUAAACGUCACAUACAAUACAGACAUCGUCCCAGGUUUCAUAGAAAUCCUUUACUCCCAAGAUUUCCACCUUUUGAUCUACCUCCAAAUGAUGAUGAUGAUAAUAAUAACAACAACGAUGAAACUCCCAUUCUUAAAGAUCCUAUUCCUAUAAAGGAUGUUGUAAAAAAGCUUGAUUUUGCAAUAGCUUCUAUUGGUCAAUGGGAGAUAAUUUCACAGGAUUCUGGUGUAUCAGCAAUGCAUGUUAAUUUGUUACCUACAAAUAAAAUCAUUAUAUAUGAUGCUAAGGUUUAUCGGAUGUCGAGAAUCAGAUUACCAGAAGGAGAACCAUGUGUUCCAUUCAAAGAUUUACAGACUCAAGAAGAUAGAAUUGAUUGUUUUGCUCAUUCAGUUGAAUAUGAUAUUGAAACAAAUCAAAUUAGACCCCUCAAGAUAAAUGGCGGAGAUCCUUGGUGUUCGUCGGGAGGACUUACAGCCGACGGUACCUUCGUGAGUACAGGUGGUUUCGCCGACGGUGGAAAAACCAUUAGACACUUUGGUGGUGGUUGCCAAGAUUGCGAAUGGAGGGAAUAUGAUGAGACAUUGGUUGAUGAAAGAUGGUAUGCAACUCAACAACUUCUUCCAAACGGAGAAAUCAUAUUGAUCGGAGGACGAAGAAGUUUUAGCUACGAGUUUCUUCCCUUACAAGAAGGACAGAGAGCAGAACAAUCUUACUUUUUUCCAUACUUAUACGAAACAUCUGACUUUGAUGAGAACAACUUAUAUCCUUUCGUGCAUCUUUCGACCGACGGAAACCUCUUUAUCUUUUCGAACAAUCGUUCCCUCCUUCUGAAUCCAACUAACCACAAAGUAGUACAUACGUUCCCGGUUUUACCCGGGGGCUCGCGUAACUAUCCUGCCUCCGGUAUGUCGGCGCUUCUACCGAUAGACCUCAACGCGGAAACCAUCAAGGCGGAAGUCAUCGUCUGCGGUGGAAACCGCCCCGAGGCUUUCUUUUUAGCCGAAACAAAGAAAAUAUUCCUUCCAGCUCUUCAAGAUUGCGGUAGGUUAACAAUCUCCGAGCGGUUCCCUCAAUGGGAUUCCGAAAUGAUGCCAUCAAGGAGAACCAUGGGAGACGCUCUAAUCCUUCCGAACGGACAGCUUUUGUUCAUCAAUGGUGCACAGUUAGGUACAGCUGCAUGGUGGGAUGCUGAAGCACCGAAUUACACACCUGCUUUAUAUGAACCAGAAAAGCCUAAGGGGUUGAGAUUCAAGGUGAUGAAAGCUACUCGAAUUGCAAGAAUGUAUCAUUCAACUUCCGUGGUACUUCCUAAUGGAAAAAUUUGGGUUGGUGGAAGUAACACACAUGAUACUUAUAAAGAUAAAGUUAAGUAUCCAACUGAGACUAGGGUUGAAGCAUUUUCUCCACCUUAUUUGGAUGAGGCUUUUUCUAAAUAUAGGCCACAAAUUAACGAAGUUGCAUCUCAGAAAGUGUUGAGAUAUGGAGAUUUAUUUGAAACUGAAUUUUCAGUGGAAGAUGGGUUUGGCUUGACAUCAAAUGAUAUAAAGGUGACAAUGUAUGCACCACCUUUCACUACUCAUGGUUUCUCCAUGGGUCAGAGACUUGUGGUUCUCAAGAUUGAUGAGUUCAUUGAACAAGAGCAAGGAAAUUACAGGGUUAAGAUGGCGGCGCCGCCGUCGGGGGCUAUUGCUCCUCCUGGAUAUUACUUGCUCUUCGUUGUCCACCGUGGUAUACCGAGCACAGGAACAUGGGUGCACAUUCAAUAGAAGUAGAACAAACUCUAUUUCUUAUCAUUAUUUUUUUUUUCUUUUUUUGAAUUUUUUUCAAGAAAAAAAUGUAAACACGAAAAUCUCUUUAUUUGGAGUUACUAGAGAAACAGAAGAACAUUUUCAUUCUUAGAAGGCUUCAAAUGUUUUAUUGGUUAACAAUACAGAGUCAUGUUUAUAAAAAGGGUUUACAUGCAUGACAGUUACACUUGGAAUAGAUGAAUAAUCCCAUAUAUUACUCAUUAAUGAUUA